CCAACGACCCAUGUACAGUCAUUUGUGGCCGACUUUGAAGCAGGGAUCUGGCAGGGAUUGCGGUCCGUGUUUGAGGAACCUGAAAUCAAAGGAUGUGCGUUCCAUUUCGGCCAGGCACUGUUCAGAAAGGUGCGAGAUAGUGGAUUACAGACUGCCUAUACUGAGCGUGACGCCGUCUACCGCCUACUCAGAAAGACCUUCGCGUUACCACUGCUGCCUGCCGAGGACAUCCCAGCAGCAUUUAACAAGCUUCGAGAGAAAAGCAACGAUGAGCGGCUCAACGCGUUCUUUGAGUAUGUACAAUCAACGUGGAUUAACAACGAUUUGUGGCCAGUGGCGUCGUGGUCCGUGUUUGGGAGGUCGAUACGAACGAACAACGACGUAGAGGGUUGGCAUGCUCGUCUCAACCGCCGUGCUUAUAAGGGCAACCUUCCAUUCUACCUGCU